AAACUCACUAAAGAAAGAAAGAAAGAGCGCGCGUGUGAUGUGUUUGUGUAUCCUCAGUGUUUUUCUCUCUUGCGUGUUUCAUUGAGUUUAAACAGAGUCUUGUCUGUGUAUUUUAGUGUUGAGACGUUGAUGAUGAGAUGUGCUGUAAAUCAGUAUGAACUGAUCUGUCCAUGCUGGAUUUAUUGAUGAUUUCAUCACAGAAAUCUCUCAGCUGGAGAAAGAGGUGGCGUUACUGGAGACAAAGCUGAGGUCAAGAGGAGAUUUAGCAAUUAAUCGUGAGGAUGUGGAUUGUUGUGAAUCUUCAGUGUAUGUGACUGAUGAUGGGAGUCUGGAUUCAGUGUGGAUGAGCAGAGAUCAGAGCCGCACAAAACUCUCUGAAGAGAAAUCCAGACACACACAGAACUCCGAUCUCAGUCUGACUUUACUCUGUUAUACUGAGUCAAAGCUCACAGACACUCAGGACACUACAGUGUGUGACAGUAAACAGAGCUUACAGGAGGAUCAAACCUCCACAGAGUCUCUGGAUUCUGUCUGUAACGCUGGAGAACAGCAGCAGAUCCUGCAGACCAAACUGAAGAUGUGUUCAGUUAAACUCAUCGACUGCACAAACCUCAUGAUGAAGAUUAAAACGGAACCCACAGAAAUCAAAACUGAACCCACAGAAAUCAAAACUGAACCCACAGAAAUCAAAACUGAACCCACAGAAAUCAAAACUGAACCAACAGAAAUCAAAAUUGAACCCACAGAAGAGGAAGAUCGCCCUGAUGAAGAUGAUGACUUUAUUACAUCAGAUGUGAAGAGUGAUUCAUGUCUGGAUAUCGAAAUAACGUCUUCAACAUCAAAAGAGGGUCUGACAGCACAAACUCUUUCCUGCAUCACCUGUGGAAAGACAUUCAGCUCACAGAGACAUUUAGAGAGACAUGAGAGAAAACACACAGAACAGAAACUCUUCACCAGAUCUGACAUCAGCUUUACUACCUUACAAGAGAAGAAACUUGAUACAGAAGACCACAGAGACAAGAAGAAGAAGAAGAAGAAGAAGAAGAAGAAGCAGCAGCAGCAGUUUCACUGUGAGCAGUGUGGGAGGAUUUUUGUCUGUUCCUAUAAACUAAAUAUUCACAUGAGGAUACACAGUGAUGAAAAGCCUUUCAACUGCACUGAAUGUGGAAAAUACUUCAGAACCAAACAAAAUCUUGAUAUUCAUCAGAGAGUUCACACAGGUGAAAAACCUUACGAGUGUCCUCACUGUGAGAAGAGUUUUAGUGUAAAGCAUACAUUACUAAGGCACCAGAGACUUCACACAGGUGAAAAACCUUUCAAAUGUUCUCAGUGUGGCAAGACGUUUGCUUGUUCAAGUAACUUAAAAAACCACGAAAGAGUUCAUACUGGAGAGAAACCUUAUUACUGUAGUGUGUGUGGAAAGAGUUUUGGACAACGGGCUACAUUACUAAAUCACAAGAGACUUCAUACAGGUGAAAAACCUUACAAAUGCUCUCAGUGUGAAAAGACUUUUUCUAAGUCAGAUCACUUAAAAUCUCAUCAGAGACUUCAUACUGGAGAGAAACCAUAAAGGAACAGUAUGUAAGAAAUUUAUAUAAAUGAAUCAUAAAAUGGCCCUGAUAUGUCACUAGACAUUAAGAAUUAAUUUUCAUUUCAAAUAUUUAUAUCACUGACAUCAGUGGCCUGGCAAGGAUAUUGUCAUUUAAAAAGUGGAGUUGCAGUCCUUAACUGAUGUUUAUGUUGUCAUUUUGCGUAUUGGCCACUAGUUGUGUGAUUGCAGUACCAGUUUUAGCCACAAGGUUUGUGAUUGCAAGAUUGAAAGGUCACGUUUUCCUAAUCCUAUUUUUUAAACCCUAGUUAGUGUGUAAUGUUGCUAUAACAGCAUAAAUAAUACUUGUAAAAUGAUAAAGCUCACUGCCAGGCGAUAUAUUUUCUUUAACAGAAUUCGCCUUUCAAAGCUUACAGCGAACGGCCGGUUUGGACUACAGACCUCUACUUCCUGUUUUAAUGACUACAAUAGAACAGUUUUUGACUAAACCUGCCCACAGGAAUAUGUCAGUCACCAGCUAAGCUAACGGCAAGCUAAUCAGCCCGUUUUGAAGACAGUGAAAACAGCGCUAUACAGAUAAGUAAAUUAUGUGACCUCUAAGCACAAGAGAUUCCAUACAGGUAAAAAAACCCUUAAGUGUGACAAGACGUUUGCUCUGUCAAGUCACUUCCCUUCUGAAAAAAAAAACAAUAAAACCUUUACAGAAAUUCCUAAUGGUUUCCAUUAGCUUUUACCAUUAAAACCACUACAAAAUAUCUUCCUUUGAACUAAUUAAACGUCAGACCGAACAUCUUAAACUAUCAGCGUCUAGCAGCGUCUGCGGCCCACGUGAUGACCUGACAUGAUGUCAGUGCCUUAAAAUUAGCGGUUUAGGUGCCAAGCGGUUAAAAACUGUAUGUGUCCAGGAGCAAAAAAACUGUUCAGAACUACAAUAGUGUUAAUAAAAUAUGAAAAAGAACAUGAAUUAACACAUUUAUCAUUUUUAUUUCACAUUUAUCUCUUUUAAGAACUCAUUAAUUUUAUAUUGUGUGCUAUGUGAUUUUUCUAAUUGGUUUUUAAAGUCUUAAUGUCAUGAGACUACAAUGUCAUUAAUUGUUCAUUAACUUCGGUUGGUAUAGAAACACACUGAGAAAGAAACUGUUCAGAUUAUUCAGUAAACGUCUCCUGACUUCUACUAUAGGCCUUUUCUCUGGGCUGGUAAAUGAAAGUUUACUUAAUUAUUCAGUAUUUUGUCAGUCUUUCAUUCUUUCUAGGAAAGCUAAAGGACCUGUUAUUGCAUUGAGAGCAUCUUGAACAGAUGUGUGAUAUGGUAGCACAAUAGAAAUGAACUGCAAGAGCUUGUAGAGAGGAGUAAAGACUGCUGAGAGGAACACCACUAUAUUUUGAAUAUACGUUGCAUACUUGAUAAGCUUGUCACAUUUUUACUGCACAGUAGGGUUGUGCCGAUAGACGAUAGUAUCGUGUAUCGACGAUCUUCAGACAUAUCGCCAAUGGCAGGCUUUCAUGGCGAUAGUCAAGACGAUAGUUGGAGAAUGGUUGUUAUUAUUAUCAUCAUAAUUUUAUAUUAACACCGACAAUGCAUGCUGUUCCUCACAUGAGGGUUUGUGGGCUUCACUUUACGCGGAGAGCUUGUAAAGAGAGAAUUCCUUCUUGCACGUACCUGCACUUAAUGCGCGCGUCUUUGUCUCCUUCUACCACUAAAUCAAGCGCGCCGCGUCAUGAGCAGCUGCGCUUCUCUCUGUCUCACGUUCACGCGCUCUCGCCUCUGUCCGCAGUCUAAACAUAAACGAAAGUAGUAAUCCUUAUUUGUUCAGUUUAAUGCAUUUCAUGCGAGCUGAUGCAAACUUUACUUUUUGUUUAAAAUAUGACCCGCUGCAUAUUGGCGUAUCUCUCUCUCACUCUCGUGUACGUGCAGAGAGCUGCGGUCUGUCCGAAGUCAGAUCACUAGGUAUUAAUCCUGUUUAUGAUAUGCACUUCAAUGAGUUGUAGCAACACGUCCCUCGUGUUUAAUAUAUGAUUGUGUUUAAAAUAUGAUCGCGUUCCGCCGGACCAAUGCGUUUAAAAAGGCACCUCAUGAGAGCACCACUGCUUGACACGUGUAGUCUUCUGCAACAGCACUAAAUAAAUGCAUUGAAUUGUUUGUAUGUGCGCGCACGUGUGUGUGCGUGUGCAGAUGCAUGUUUUUACAGUUAUUAAGUAAUCAUGAUAGGGUUUUAAUGACGCGCUCGCUUUAAUGGCAUCAG